AGAGGAUGAAGAUGUUCCCGGAGGAGAUGUUGUGUUGGUUUGUCGUCCGUAGUGACCGAGCGACACGCGUGAACGCAGCAGUUUUAAAGCAAACAUGAAUGGAGCCUCUGCCGGUACAGCCUCCGCCUGGCUCAGGUGGCGUCAAAGGUCCAAGGUCGCCCGCGAGGAGCGUCCAGAUGGGUCUGACUCGUCAGACGCCGGCUGGCAAAGUUGGGUGGUGGACCCAGCCGAGCGCCUCUACUACAUUUGGCUCCAGCUGAUGGUUCUACCUGUGGUCUACAACUGGGUCGUCAUCAUCCUCAGGACCUGUUUCCCCUCCAUCGCCAUGGGCUACCUGGCCAUGUGGCUGGCACUGGACUACGCGUCUGACCUGAUGUACGCCGUCGACAUGAUCAUCGCCCUCCGUUCGGGCUACCUCGAGCAGGGAAUCCUGAUCAAAGACCCGGACCGCCUAAAGAGUCGCUACCUGAGGUCCAGGCGUUUCUUCCGGGAUCUGGCGUCCAUAAUGCCCACCGACUUGUUCUACCUGGUCUUCGGCAUCCGUGCGGCCGCGGUGAGGAUCAACCGUCUCUUGCGUACGCCGCGGUUAAACGAGGCCCUGGACCGCAUGGAAACCCGGACUUCGUACCCCAACACAUUCCGUAUCAGCAAGCUGAUGAUCUACAUCUUCGUACUGAUCCACUGGAACGCCUGCCUCUACUUCGCGCUCUCCGACUACAUCGGCUUCGGGAGCGACGGCUGGGUUUACCCCAACAUCUCGGACCCGGAGUUCGCGUCGACCCGUCGCCAGUACUUCUACUGCUUCUGGUUCUCUGCCCAGAUCUUCACCACAGUAGGAGACACGCCACUGCCCGGUCAGGAGGAGGCCUUCCUCUUUAUGAUAGCCGACCUGCUCAUCGCCGUGCUCGUCUUCGCGUCCAUUGUCGGAAACGUGGGGAACGUCAUCACCAGCCUGAGGGACCGCGACAAUGUCUUCUUUCCCAAUCACGAGCUGGUGAAGAACUACCUGCGCAGCCACCACAUCAGCAAGGAGCUGCGUCAGCGUAUCGACAACUGGUACCAGCACCUGCACAUCAACAAGAAGAUCAUGCGGGAGAACGAGAUUCUGCAGCAGCUGCCGCUCCACCUCAGGACCGAGAUUGCCGUCAGCGUGCACUUACCGACCCUCUCCAAGGUGACCAUCUUCAAGAGCUGCGAGAAGAGUCUUCUGGAGGAGCUGGUGCUAAAGCUUACGCCACAGGUCUUCAGCCCAGGGGAGUACGUGUGCAGGAAGGGCGACGUGGGCCACGAGAUGUACAUCAUCAAAGAAGGAAAGUUGGCCGUAGUGGCGGACGAUGGCGUCACAGAAUUUGCCGUUCUGAGCGCAGGAAACUUCUUUGGAGAAAUCAGCAUCCUCAACAUCAAAGGCAACAAGUCGGGCAAUCGGCGCACGGCCAACAUCCGAAGCGUCGGCUACUCUGAUCUGUUCGGCCUGUCCAAAGAAGACCUGACGGACGUGCUGUCCGAAUACCCGGCGGCCAAGCGGCAUCUCGAGGAGAAAGGCCGCCAGAUCCUAACCAAGAUGGGGAUGUUAGACGACGCCGGGGCAAUGGAGGGGGGUGGCGCCCAAGAAGUGGGAAUCAAGAUCGGCGUGCUGGAGAGCAGCUUGGAUGCCCUCCAAACCAAACUGGCUCGCCUCAUGGCGGAGGCCGAGUCAAGCAACCGGAAGAUGGAGGCCCGCGUGGCCCUCUUGGAGUCGGAGCUGGAGGCUAGCCGCGGGCGGCAGGUGGAAGUGGGCGGGGCCGGGGCGGAGCCUCCCGGGGACGCGCGCUGGUCAGGUGUCGGCCAGGAAGCCGCCGACCAACAAGAGGAUGUCGAAGGAGAGGAGGGACGAGCCGGAGGCGAGCUAGACAGCGAGGACCGUGUGGAAAACAAGAUGACGCAUCGGGGACUAGUCAGUUCAUUUAUGAAAUAACAUUAAAGCUGUUAAAAGUACAGUUGUUGGUCAAAAGUAUGGAAACUGAAACGUAUCGGAUACGAUUUGAUCGCAAAAGUAACGACUUAGUUAUUUGUUUUUGCACUACCACAGGUCACCAGAUAUUAGAGAAUAUUUUUGCAUUUUCAUUGUUAACAUAUUGGUUGCGUUUGAUGGCUCAAUUCCUUUUGCGGUCAUUUUCUGUACAUUUUGGAUCAUCUCCUGUUGAUUUAUGGGAAUUUUGGGGUCACUUCCUGUUGAUCAGAUUGAUUCUGGGGCAUUUCCAGGUCACUUACUGUUGAUUUCGAGUAACUUUCAGUUGGUUUUUGGGCAUUGCUGUACAUUUUGGGUCACUUCUUGUUAAUUUUGGGGCAAUUCAAGAAAGUUUUUUUUCCAAGAAAGAUUGCUAAUGAAGAAAGUCUAAGUUAAUAAAAUGAUAUCUCAUUUUGGGUUGAAGUAUAGAGAUCCAGUUAAACAUUUUAGUAUUGUGACAAGCACUUCAAUGCCAAAACAGUUCAUUUUUAAGAGAAAGUCUGUCAAUGACUUGCAGAAAAGCAGCCAAGAAAAAUUAACUGACUUUUUAUUUAUU